AUGUCACGCGUAGCCUCAAAGCACUUUGCCGAACAAGCCACCAUCGAGAGAGGCACACAAGUAGCGGUUGGAAACCAUGAUGCGCAUAUCAAGGGGUUGGAGCAAAAGUACCAGGCAGCCAAGGAGUGGUAUGACGGGGUGGAGAAGGAAGCCGGGGACAACCUACGACGGCUCGAUGCCGACUUUGAGCAGCUAGGGACAGUACCCGCCAUCGUAAACUUCACUCGAUUCCUUGCCAAGGAGAUGCGACCACCGCAGAAUAUACCCAACAAUGCCAUUGUUCGCGAGACCCUCCAGCACUUCAUCGACGUCGAGGCUGUCAAAAAGGCCACGGCCACCAGCAAGCGUGUACGAGAAUCUUUCGGGAAGCGAAUGGCCAAUAUGAGGGCACAAUUAGAGAAGAUCGGGUCCGACUACAACGAGCUCCUGAGCGCCGUCGGCCAGAGCCAGAGCCGAUCCAUCGUCGACGAUUCCGAAGAACCCACCCGACUAUAUAAUGAGAUAGAUGCUGUCGCAAAGAAAGUGGAAUCCGACUUUGAGCAUGUAAUGGGCCUCGAGGCAAGCUCCAGGUCAGUCGCGCAGGUCUCCAAAAUGGCUCUACUUCAUACCCGAAACUUUUUGCCGGCUAUCCAAGAAUACAGCAUCGAGAUGAGCGAUCUCGUGCGACGGGCUGUUGAGCAGAAGAAUUCUGCCAUCAGAAAUUCGGUAGAGAGUAUGCAGGGUAUUGCCAACAUAGAAUCAAUUAUUGCAAGCUUGGGCGCAGAACUGGAGCAGAUCAGUAUACCAGAGGAGGGUGUGGCCGCCUUUGAGCUCAUCUCCUUGGUCGGCCGUCUCCCUUACAUUUACGGUACACUGUUAGUUGAGGCUGUUCGGAGACGGGAGUGGAUGGAGAGGAUGGAAAGAGACACAUCAUCGCUCGCUGAAGAGAUGGCGACUUUCCAGGAGGAGGAAGAGCGCCGGCGCAAGAAGUGGUUGAAGCCAAUUGCUGACGUCAUCAACGUAGAGGCGGUUCAGGGUGGUCUCCUUGGGUUUGAGAUGAAUGUGCAGCCGGAGAAGACAGUUUGGCCACCAGUCACUCGAGAAGAACUUCGGGAGUACCUGCAGAACCUGCAGAGAUUAGAAGGACAGGAAACUGAAGCAGAAGCAUUUGCCCAGGCUAUCAAAGACUUAGACCGUCCUACGAAGCAACAGAUCAAGCGCGCGAAGAACUUCAAGAUGGGCAGUGUGCAUGAGCCAGCGUUCGGCAGAGGCUCACAACUUUUGGUCAGAGGUGAUGAUGAGCUGCGUGUGCUGAAAGAAGGCAACGCAAAGCUCGAAGAUGAACUCAGAGGCUAUAAGAGCCGCGUUCGUCGACUAGAAGACCUAGUGCAUCGCCAGACUACUGUUAGCAGACUUUCGGUGGGUGCACCACCUUCAUUCGGGAUGCCUGAACCAGGUGAAUCAACACCAACAGCCGAAGUCGCUUCACCCAGGCUUCAGGACGAAUUAUCUAGACGUUCCUCCAUCUCUUCGAGACGAUACUCGGCAAAUACAGGACAGGAAGAUAAGCGUCGCAUUCUGCGCCUCGAGCAGGAACUGGCGGCAGAAAAGGAAGCGCGUGCGAAGCUCGAAAAUGACGCGCAAGCUCGGAGAGACGAAGACGCAGACCAACAACGGCAGUUUGAAGAAGCAAUGUCUACUAAGAACAACAUCAUGGAGAACAUGCGUGCGCAACAAAAGGAGUUUGCCGACGAGAGGAAGUCGCUUGAAGACGAGAUUCGGGCGUACAAGACUAGGAUCGAAGAGGCUGAGGACGAGUUGGAUCGUGUUCUGGGUAGUCGAGAUAAUGAACGGACUGGUGUCGAUGGUAGGCUGCAAGAACUUGUGUCUGAACUCGAGCAAUCGCGCAAGAAUGCCGCUGAGCAGAGCAAGCGUGCCAGUGAGCGAAUCGAAGCACUCCAGGCAGAGCUCGUCGACCGCAAGGCUGUCAAAUCACAGGAACGUGAAUCGUUAGCUGCGGCUUUCAGCCACCUCUCACCAGGCACGAACGUGCCUGAUGACCAUUCGGCGCUUAUUUCACAGCUUGAGGAUCUGGCGGUACGAUCACUAAACCAUCAGAAAGAGCUUGAGCAGGCUGUCGCGAUGGCCAAGUCCGACAAUGAGAAUGCCCACGCUAGAAUUGAGGAACAACAACACGACUUCAACACCAAGCUUGGUGAGCACGAAAAGCAAGUCGCAUCCCUCAAGGAAGAGCUGGAUGUAGAAAAGGCAAGAGUGGCCUCUAUCACUGCAGAGCUUGAGGAGGAACGAGGUCACUUGCAUGAUCUCCGCACCAAGUUUGCUGAAGGCGAAACCGGGUCUGAAGCUCUCAGGAAGCGAGUUGAGGAGGAAGAAGCCAAAGUUGGUCGUCUUCAGACUGAGUUGGCAGAGAAGAGCUCGCACGCCAACAGCCUGGACGUUGAACUCAUGCGCAUCGAAAAGAAGCUGCGCAAACUGGAAGAAGUGGAUACAUCCCGUACCCAUCAGCUCAUGCAUCGCGCAAAGGACCUCAGCCAGCGUCUGUACACACAGCAUGAGCGCCUAGUUCGUUUGCUAGAAGCACUGGGCUUUGUCAUCACUCAUGAAGAUGGCGAGAUGGUUCUCCAACGAGCGUCCAGGAUUGGUGGUAGCACUGUCAUGACCGACACCAGUGCGGGACUGAGCCGUAGCACCACAACACCCUCACCCACUCCACUGAAGCGCUUCCUAGAAGAUAUUGGAGAUUUACACUUCCUUCAGUGGACCGAGGCCACUAGCCCAGAAGAGGAAGACCAGCGAUACCAAGAGCUCAUUUCCAAGUUGGAGCUUUUCAAUGUAGAGACGUUUAGCGAUGCUGUGGCAAAGCGAAUGCGUGACAUGGAGCACACAGCACGAAAGUGGCAAAAGGAAGCUCGAGCAUACCGAGACAAAGCACAUCGUUUCCAAGCCGACUCACACGACAAGAUUGCGUAUCGCUCAUUCAAGGAAGGCGACCUGGCCCUCUUUCUGCCGACCCGCAACAAUGCCCAUCGUCCUUGGGCUGCCUUCAACGUUGGCGCGCCACAUUUCUUCCUUAGAGAGCAAGAUACUCAUAGGCUGGGUGGCAAAGAGUGGCUUGUGGCCCGUAUCUCCAAGGUAGAAGAGCGGAUUGUUGAUUUGUCCAAGACAAUGGAUGGAGCGCCUCGAGCAUCUUUGGAUGACCGCUCCAUCGCUUCCAGUAACGCUGUAUCGUUCGAAGACGACAACCCAUUUGAGCUCUCAGAUGGACUACGCUGGUAUCUACUCGAAGCAACUGAAGAAAAAGCAAUGGCACCCGGAACUCCCGGCAUCAAAGGCGCCGUGACGGUUAAGAGCAGUCUCGAAACCGGCCAAGGCGAAAUGCAAAAAGCAAAGAAGAAAUCCAUGGAUCCCGCCACCCAACUCGGCAAGUCCCUCGACAGCCGUCGCAGCAGUGGCAACAGCAAGAAAAGUGCGCCCUUGGUCGGCGUCAGCCGCAACUCAGCAGAAGCCCUCUCGCCCUCCGAACGCCCCGACUCGGCUGCUGCAACACGCGGCCCUAGUCCAGCCGGCGCCCACGGUCCCAGCCACCUCCGUCAGACAUCCACCAACGGCCGUGGCCCAGACAAGACAGCAGACGAUGGAAACGGAGGCAAUGUGCGCGACCUACUCUGGGGACCUUAG